CCGGGGACCUCUGGCGUCCCAAGUCAGCUCUUAACCAUCGCGCCACUCAGCCGGCCCCAAUAUAGUAGUAAGCUUUAAGUGGGCAAAAAUACCAUCAUCCCAAAUGACUCACCACUGGCACACAGAAAGCUAGGAUAGUUAAGCUACUUCUCCAGGAAACCUUCCCUGACACCCCACUUCUGGGGUAGGUCUCUCAUAUGAUUGCAGUGCUUCCCCAUCAAAGCCUUUAUUAUAUUGUAAUUGAGUUAUUUGUUUCUGUCUCCUACUGAACUGUCUCUUGACUAAAAUAAAUGUCAACUGUUGGAAUAUUUUGAAUACUUUUUCCUCAUCAUGAAUUAUUCCUUUUUACAAACCAGAACAUGGAAGAACUGGGAAGUAACCUACUAAGGCUCAGUAACCUAGAGGUCAUACUACGCAGAGGCCAUCACCAACAGGUCCCACUGGUUUACAAGGGGUUUUUUGAGGCUUCCAGAGAAUACAGGGGAAAUAGUCCAGAGGGUUCAGGAUGGUCUGGUACGACUCUGGACCAGCUCCAUUCGUAAGGUCUAGUCCCUACCCCAACUCUAGGAUGAUACCAUAAUGCAGACCUCUCUGACAUAAGCUUGUAACUCUGCUUACCACACAACCAGGUCCCUAGGGUCUCCUAGCAGUGCCCCACCCCCACCCCCAAGUAAUCAUUGUCUUUAAUGUAAAAAUGCACCUCUUUGCAGUCACUUACCACCACCAGCAGCACUGCCUGAGCUGAGGAAGUCACGGUUCUCACUACCCAGAGCACCCCUUUCCAACAAAACAUGGUGGAUUACUAUGCAGUUCUAGGAGUGCAGAGAUCUGCUUCAUGUGAGGAGAUUAAAAAGGCUUAUCAUAAAGGGGCACUUAAAUGGCACCCUGAUAAAAAUCCAGAAAAUAAAGAAGAAGCUGAGAGAAAAUUCAAAGAAGUAGCUGAGGCAUAUGAGAUAUUAUCAAAUGAUGAAAAACGAGACAUUUAUGAUAAAUAUGGCAAAGAAGGAUUAAAUGGUGGAGGCGGAAGUAAUUUUGAUGAUUCUUUUGAGUAUGGCUUCACCUUCUGUAAGCCAGAUGAUGUCUUUAGAGAAAUUUUAGGUAAAAGGGACUCAUUUUCAUUUCGUUUCUUUGAAGACUCACUUGAGGACCUUUUAAAUAGUCCAAGAAAUUCCCAUGGAAGCAGAAACAGAGGGGAAAGAUCCUUUUUCUCUACUUCCAGUGAAUAUCCAGCUUUUGAGAAAUUUUCUUCAUAUGAUACAAGAUAUACACCGUACUGUUCACUGGGUCAGGAGGGCCUUAAUUCUUUCUCUUCCCUGGCAUUUGAUGACAGUGGCAUGGCCAACUAUGUAUCUUUUACAACUUCAUGUAAAAUUGUUAAUGGCAGAAAUCCCAACACAAACAGAAUUAUUGAGAAUGAUGAAGAAAGAGGAGCUGAAGACGAUGGUGAGUUGAAAUCCUUCCUGAUAAAUGGUAUGGCAGAUGAAGAGGACUGUGCAGAAGAAUGCAGUUGGAGAAGACAGUCAUUCAACAAUUACUCACCAAAGUCCUACGGCCCCAAACAUGUAUCUCAAUAUACUUUUGUGGGCAAUGAUGAGCCAGUUAUACCUUGGGUCACCAGCAAUAGGGACCCCUCUAUUUUCUCAGAAGGAUUCAAAGAAGGUGGUAAGAGGAAAAAAAAGAAACAUAAAGCGGUGCAUAAGAAGUCAACCAAAAGGAAUCAUUAAAUAGACCCUUCAGACACAUUAUGUUCAUAUAACAUUUGAACAUGACUCUGUGUUUUGGUUAAUCACAGUUAUGUGGAUAAUAUUUGUUUAUUACUACAUACUAAGAUUAUGUUUUUAACACGUUUAGCAGGACUGUGGACAUCUGGUCAGUGGUUGUUUGAUUAGGUUAUGACAAAAAGAUGAGUUUGUGGUGAUGGUGAUGUUAAGAAUUUGGAAAACGGCAAAGAUUAUUUUACUUUUGUUUCUGAGCUAAAUGUUUACAUAUUAUAGUUUUUUAGUAGAGUUUCUGACCUAUUUCAUUCCUUUUCUCUAAUUAAAACUACUAUACAAACUUCUGAAAUAUGUAUAGCUUUAGGAGCUAAAAAUGUAUUAAGAUAUACAAGUUUAGACUAUAUAAUUAUUCAUGAAAUGACUUUUUUCCAAUAGAGGCAGAGCAUUUGACAAAUAACUUAAAGACACGAUAAAUUAAAAACUAAAGUAUAAAAAAGUAUUUUAAUUUAAAAAUAGCCAGACUUAUAUUUGCACACCCAUGUUCACAGCAGCACUUACAAUAGCCAAAAGGUGGAACCAACCCAAAUGUCAAUCGAUUAAUGACUACAUAAAAUAUUUAUACAUACAGGUACAUACCCACGUUUGUUGAAUGAAUUAGCCAGACUUACAUUUGCACACCCAUGUUCACAGCAGCACUUACAAUAGCUAAGAGGUGGAACCAACCCAAAUGUCAAUCGAUUAAUGACUACAUACAAUAUUUAUACAUACAGGUACAUACCCACGUUUGUUGAAUGAAUUAACUGCACUCUUUUAAAAACUGUUCUGUACUUAUCCCUCCGUCAGGCGCAACCGAUCUCACAGAUUCAUUGCACAGCAAUUGUCAAAUAUCUAACAGUUAAGUAUCGUGACUCAUCGCUUCCGUAUCUUCGCC